AUGACUGCUCGCGAUGCAAAUGAGCCAACUAAAGCACGAAGACAAGAUGUGUGGCGCUCCAAUAACACGUGUAUGAUUUGCCAAGAUUUCUGCAAAACGCGUGAGGAAAAGGACAAACAUGAACAACAAAUGAAACACAAGAAAAAGCUUGUAAUUUACGAGUUUUUCGCUACGGAAGUGCCUAAGUUUCAACCAUUUAGUGGAUCAUCUGUUCUUGUUAAGCGAUAUACCGCUUGUGGAGAACAAUACGUUGGUCUGGAGUGUUUACACGAACUUCACUUCUCCUUUGCAUCUGAGCCAUGGUGGGCGUGCUCGAUCUGUUACGAAUCUGGGGCACUCCUGGAACAAGCAGACAUGCAUCUGUCUUCAAUGAAUCACAUUACCACAUAUCUAGAUGAAUUCCACUCUCACAAAAUGUUGAAUUUGAAUAUUAAUGGCGAUCCGUUGAAGGUUUACGAACAUGUGAAACGUGUUUGCAAGGAAGUACUUGAAGAAGAAGAAGGAGAAUGUACACCACCGGAGUGCAUAGUAAUGGACGCAAGCAUUACGAAAACAGAUGCUAUGGCAAAACUUGCUAUAGAUCCCAAUCGCUGCAAACCGUCUUACAUAGUGCAUACGGAUUGUACUUCGCAAUCGAAGCAGGCCCGGAAAAUUCUACAAUGUUCAACAUGUCACCAACUAAUUGCAUGUGAUAGUGAUCUGCUUGACCGAAUAUGGAAAGUACAUGAGCUCUCGCCGAGUCAUCGUCAAGCUGUUGCUAUUAUGAUGGUUUUAGAGCAGUUUGAUGUUACCUUUGAAUCCGGCUAUGAUGAAGUGAAACCAACACGACCAUUUAAGUGGAAAAUUGUGGAUGACGUGUACCAUGGGCCAAUGUGUGGAAUUGAGUAUCUAAUAGUAUUCAAUAAAGGGAGCUUUUGUGAACUGUGUGGGUGUGCAGUUAAGUCAGUGGAAGACCAUUUCACUUGUGAAAGUCACAUCAUGCAGUUCCUGACUAUAACUUUCCCAACGGAAAUGUUCCGCAUAUCACAAUACGCACCAGAUUCACGAAGAACAGCCGUGUUGGGGCUAACUGCUAGCCCCAAGUUUCGGUUUGGUGGGGGUCUUCAUAAGAAAGUUAACGUGGAUUGGUUUCCUCCUUCUAUGGAGAUGAUGAUGAAACCUGAAGUUCCGUCGUUUCCGAGCUUGAUGCCCGAGCUUUCACCACUUGGGAUAGACUGUCAAUGCUUAUUCUGCCCUAUAUGCUGGCGAGUUGUUAGCGUUCCAAAGCAUGUCUAUGAUGGCGGUAAAGCUUUAUGGAGCACGCAUUGUGCUGAACAAUCUCAUUUCGAAUUUGCCAUAAAAAGGGCAUGUUUCGGCUUUGGUACGUCCAUUAUUUAUUUUAUUUUGCAUUAUUCGGAAGGCAAGGAGACGCUGUUUUAUGUACAAACGCAAGGUGACGUGGGAUUAGAAUUCGUCGUUGAUGAUCUUGAAAAUGAAGAGGUCGUCUGCAUUCUGUGUGCGCAGUGGUUUGCUCGUGGAAUGCAAACCUUGAUCAAUAACCAUAUCCGGUCAUAUAAACAUCUUAUUCAUUACUUGCAUGUGACAAAUCGAAACUUGCUGUCCAUGUUGCGAGUGCAAAAGACAGAGGAAGCAAGCCGUGAGCUUGUACUGGAAUGGCUUCAACGAUCGCUAUAUAAUGACUUGGACGAGAUGCGGCUCUAUUCUCCUGAAGCAGCACAACGGAUGCGAAGAUGGGGAAACAUCACUAUUCGGAAGGUGGGCGGAGCUUUGGUAAUACUUUCGGCCGAGAAAGCAGAGGUCUCGAUCAAGGAAGCGCUCGCCGUUGCUGCAGUUAAGGUUCACUCGUUAAAGAAAAAGAAUGGCAAGGUUGAGAGGGUUCUAUGUCGCUGUACGGAAGUCUCGAUUGCUCCUAAAUCUACAAGGAAAAAUCGGGACUGCUCACAAAACUUGGCAAGUUGCUUUAUUCUUCUGCUCAUGAGCGCUCCUCCAGUGGAAAAAAGUGCCGUUGUGGCCAUUCGUAGAGACAUGCUCGGAUUCACUGAAGAGAAGUCCACGUACACAGUGAAACCAUUUGUGCAGCCGGACCCCACACGGAAAGUGUCUUGGCAGUGGAAUGCUAAGGAGAAAACUCAUGAGUUCGUGCUGUCUGUGAUAGGACUAGAAGACUUGGUGGAGCGACGUAGCAGUGAGACGCUCGGCGCCCAUCCGCCGGACUUCUUCUGUCGACUCUGUGCGGUAGUGAUUCCUCGACGAUCAGCUGCUCUGGAAGCACAUGUCCACUCAGCUCAACACGUACUCUGCUACGUGCAUAAAUACCAUCCGCAGACGAUUAUGGAACUGGAUAUCCUACCAAAAGAAGGCGGUAAGGAGAUGCGUCGAAUCAUCGCACAGCUUCUAAAAGAUCAUCAACUCAAGGAACCUUACUGCAUUCCUAUAUAUGACCCAGUUGGUGAACAGGAGAGAAAGGGUAUUGUAGCAUUGCAGACAGCUCAGGAAAGAGAACGGCAGCGUGUUUUGGCAGAAGCUAGGAAGCAAGCUCAAGAGCAGCGGAAGAAGAUGGACGAGGAACGAAGAAAACAACGUGAGCUGCAGGCGGAACGCGAGAGGGUAAAACAAGCUGAACGCGCUCAGAGGGAGAGAGAGCUCAAGGAGCGUAGUGAACGCCUCCAAAGAGAAAAGCUGCGGGCACAAAAAAGGUUAGAUGAGGCUAAGCGAAAGGUUGAAGAGGAGCGCAAGGCCCAAGAGGAAAAAGAAGCCGAAGGAGCGGAACGUAAACGAAGGCAAGACGAGCUUCGGGCUCUCCUUGAUCAAGAAAAACAACGUCUCAAAGCCAUGCAGGAGAAAGAGGCCGCCCAACGUCGUCUUAUGGAAGAAAAAGACAAACUGGAACGAAAAAUGCAAGAACUGAAAGAACGCGCUCAUCAGUCACCUCAUACGCACAGGCUUGCCUCUCCUCAUAUGGCAGCACCCGCUGUGGGGGUUGUUAAUGCUCCGCAGUUACGAUCGUAUCGUGAACCGAUGGGCAUGGUACCACCGAAUGCGCUUCCCUAUUCAGUCUCGCCAUCACCGUUCGACGCCCCUGCUAGUGUCCGAGAAACGUUGGAAAACAUAGGACCAAAACCAAUGUUCCCGGAGUUUGUACCCGUCGCUAACAAAGUACCUGUCUACAGAGGAAUGGAAGAAGCUGACAGGGCGAUUAGACUCAUCUCACCAGAACCACGUCCGGAAGUUGUCAAUCGGCCGUCACUGCGCGACAGAAAAGUUGAUCCGUACAUUGCAAACUCGAACAUCAUACAGACGAGGGAACAGCUUGUCGACUUUCUUUGGAGGCAGGGAGCAGAGCGCAUUCCUGCUAAGGAGCUUCCCGCGAUGUUCAACGAGAAAGCAACUUGCAUAGAGGGAGCACUUGGUGUAGACUGCUUAUACGAGAUGGAAAAACCACCAGGAGUGGUUUCGAAUCGGUUACGUUCCCUGCUGGACCGUGCAACAAUCGAACGAAUAUGGCCUGAGCACGUAGAUGUCCUCGACCAGUCUUGGAAAACUGACGGUUCUACGAUGGAAAGAGUGGAUGUCCCUCCACCAGUAUCCAAAUCUGCUAUGAUGUUUCCUGAGGAUCAGUCAAGUACAGUAAUUAAGAGGGAACCAAAAGACGAUUCUGCAAGUAAUGGAGUUAAACAUAGCAGCCGUUCGAAGGACAAGGAUAAGGACAAAUCGGGAAAAAGCGACAGCCGUUCUUCCACAGCUAAAGACAAGGAGGAAGACAGUGGAUCUAAAGUGCUCACUCAAGAAAGCGUUCGCCACCCGUUGAAGUUAUCCUUCCGUCUCCGACAAGAGAAAUGGGAAGACAUCUGUCAGAGACGCCAGAUUGGAAACGUCGCCGAAGCAGAAGCCCGCAGAGAAGUAGCGGUCGCGAUGCUAGACACAGUAACAGUAGUUCCAGCAGAGAAGUCGUUCAUACUUCUAGCCAUUUUAAUCGCCGCGAAUCUGAUCGUCGCAGAUCUUCGAGUAGAGAUCGUAGUUAUAGGGAGACAGCCAGUCACUCUAGUAGUCGCAGACGUAGUAGAAGCCGCUCACCGCGUGAUCCUUUCGCGGGCCGCGGCGAGUGUACUAGAUCCGUCGAAGGACCACAGAUCGACAUCGUCGCGUGCAAGAGAAUUGGAGGAGAAACUUGAACAGCUCAGACAAUUGGCGAAGUCACAACCAUCGGCACCAGUCUCCAUGGUGGUAGAGGAGCUUUUAGAAGGCAGCUCAAGUCGAAGGAAAGCACCUGUCCAACUUGUGGAAGAGGUCGACGAAAAAGCACAAAUGCGCAAAUUACUUGGUGUGCUCAUCACUAUGCAACAAGAAGCUGAAAGGAACGGAAGGGUUGAUGAAUCGCUGGUUGACAGGCUUUAUAGGGAAGUAGGCUUGAAGAAGUCGGUCGAAUCUACCAGUGAUCAGUUGUUGGCUCAACUUUGCUCCCAGAUUUCACAAGAAACCGAGUCAAGGACAAGGCCUUCUAUUGACUUACAGUCAUUCGGCAUAGGUCUUCAGAAUUGUUCUGAGGCUCCGCAGAUGCAGCCCAGUCCAUCAAUAUUUGGGGGAGGCUUUCGACCAAGAGCACAAACGUCGCAGUCCACAACUUUCCAAACCCUUUUGUCCGAUGUGAAGCGAUCAUUAGAUAGUUUCAACAGACCAACGCGAUCAAAUUCACCGCUCAUCAAGUCACCGUUUGUGAUCACCAACAGAGAUGAGGUGUUUCCAGAAAGCGAAACGAAAUCGUACGUUUACCCUGGUGCAGACUCUCAAACUUUCAAUCAACCUUCGCACCAGUCUGAACGGCCCUCUGAUAGCAAUUUGACCAAGAAAGAGAAGGCUGCUCUACGUCGCAAGCAAUUAUUAGAGGAAGCUGAAAGGUUAAGGAAGGAGGCGGAAGAAGAAGAUGAAGAGGAAGAUGAUUGGGAUUGCCUUGUCGAAGUGAUCAACCAACCGGCACCCACCCCUACCAGUAGUUCAGCGGACGAUCGAAACGCUUCCUUCGGUAACAGCAGUGGUCGGAGUGCAAAAGGGAAGUCGCAACAGCAGAAAUCCGGCGGCAAAAAGGAUGUAAAGCAAGCGGGUGGAAGGCAGGGAACUUCCGUACCACUUGUUCCCGGACAGAAAAUGCCACUGGCAAGAACGAUCCUUCCUAAUGGACAGUCCGCAGAAGACGCCAAAACGAAGCGGAGGGAGGAAGAGCGGGAAAGAGAAAGGGAGAAGAGGAAUGAGAAAGACAAAGAAGGCAUCAAUGAAAAAGACCAGGGUGUUGGAAAAAGGAAUGUGCACGGCACCCCCAGUAGUUGGCCUCAGCCCGUCCCUCAACCUUUUUUAGGUGCCAGUAUGAGUACAUCUUCAAGUAUGCACGAGCAGCACCAACAACAAUCACAGCAGCAAUCGAAUUUCCAACAUCCGCUACACGUUCCAAUGAUGGGAAACGAGCCAGUCUAUUGUAAUUCAUCUAACGCACCUGUAUAUCCUAAUACAUAUGUCUCCUACCAGAGCGCAGAUCCUCAACAGUUUCCUGGGCCACAGUUUUUCCACGGUCAACCGUCAGUGAUGGGCCCGUCGCAGUCGCAGCAAUUUGUUCCCGGUUUUGAGUUUUUACAAAUGCAACAGCAGCAAUUUUACGGGCAUCCACCCUAUUACGGUUGA